GUAGCUAACUCUGCUAUCUCCGCCUUUAUUUAGCAUGACGACGUUAGCCUACAUAAAAAUGAAUGUUUAACCCAUUGACUGCUGAUUCAGGUUUGACCCAGCUGGGCGGUGUUUGAGUGACGUAUUCAAGUCGCACGGUGUAGGUGCGGUUGUCUGUUUCCUGUGUGAGACAGGGUAAACCGCAGCUUCGUCACUUGUUUGGGAAAAGCUUACGAACAGAGUCAACAAAAUGUCUUUCGACCUGUCGUCAGCUGUAGGCCAGGACGAUGUGGUGAAGAAGGAGGAAGCUCAGAAGGAUGAGUUUAAUUUGCCCUGGCAGAAGAAAAAGGACAAGGACAAGGAAGGUGACAAGUCUGACAAAAAGCCCAAGUCUGACAAAGAGGACAAGUCUGACAAAAAGCACAAGUCUGACAAAGAGGACAAGUCUGACAAAAAGCAUAAGUCUGACAAAGAGCAUAAGUCUGAAAAAUCCAAGGACAAAGAUGGCAAAGACCACAAGAUAAAGCACAAGAAGAAAAAGGAAAAGAAGGAGGGCAAGAAAUCCGGCUCUUCAUCCUCCAGCAGUGAUGAGGAAUGAGGCUUCCUGGGGUACCGGACUGCUCUUAGUCUACUAUGAUGUUGUCUAUUGACAAAAUGACUGCAGUAGUUCUUUUUCUUCCUGUCAUUACAUUGGUGUCAUGAAAACUGGAAAACUGAAAAUUGGUGUCUUGUGUAAACAAAUCGGCUGAUUCCUUAAAGUAAAUGUCAACAAAAUGCUUGCAGGUUGUUUUUUGCAUUAAGUUCUUCAUCAAGUAAAGUGUGUUUUCAUCACCACAAGA